GACUACACUAGUGUCAUGGCAACAUUUACUGUCACUAAACACAAAAACGUUAGCUAUCUGAGAGGAGAAGGGUGAGAAAUCUUGUGGUUCGUCAGUCUUCUUGAAACCACAUUAAAGAUAGGCCAAGUUGUACACCACAGAGUGUAGGACUAGUAGGCAGGUCUUUAAGCUUUUUAUAGCCGAGACUUAACGCACAGAUUGUUCAGACAUGAAGUUAGAGGAAAACGACGUAAGAGACAUUGCAGCAGACGACGUUGAGUUACCAGUAACGUCAACCAUAAUGUUACAAGGGAGUGAAGUUAUGUCAAAUGACGACAAAGAACAGAAAAUAACGGAAAGUGAGGGACUGGCGUCAGAAUCAGGAGCCAGGAUCACAAAAGAGUUCCUUCGGCUCCACUGUAAAAAGAAUAAACUGUACAUCACACCACACCUGAAUGAUACACUCUAUUUACACUACAAAGGCUUCUCUGUGCUAGAGAACCUUGAUGAAUACACAGGAUUGCGAUGUUUGUGGCUCGAAGUGAACGGGAUCCGCAAGAUAGAGAACCUGGAGAACCAACUGGAGCUCCGCUGUCUGUUCAUACAGCACAAUCUCAUCGACACACUGGAGAACCUACAAGCUCUUCGCAAGCUCAACCAUCUGAACAUUUCAAACAAUUACAUUAAAACCAUCCAAAACCUUGCGGGUCUUGGAGAGCUGACUACUUUGCAGAUUUCCCACAAUGCUCUGGAGAGCGCAUCGGACCUAGAGCAUCUCUCCCUUUGUCCAUCGAUCAGUGUGCUUGACCUUUCAUAUAACCGCUUGAGUGAUCCAAAAAUACUCACCAUAUUGGCGCAGAUGCAGAAUCUGCGUGUGCUUAAUCUCAUGGGGAAUGAAGUCAUCAAAAACAUCCCAUACUACAGGAAGACUCUGAUAGUGCGUCUUAAUCAGUUGACCUACCUGGAUGACCGACCUGUAUUUCCCAAAGACAGGGCGUGUGCAGAGGCGUGGGCUGCCGAGGGGAUAGAAGGUGAGAAAAGGGCGAGGGAGUUAUGGGAAACUCGGGAACGCAGCAAGAUACAGGAAAGCCUGGAUGCCCUGACUGCCAUGCGGGACAGAGGAGUAAAGCAGUGCCAAGCCAAAGAACAACUGCAGAAAGGAGAUCUCCAGCACUCUCCUGAUAUGUCCCAAGUAGGACUGAAUCAAUCACUAGGUCAUCACCAGUCAACAUCUGAGAGGAUCUUGGCCUCAGAGCCUGGUGCAGUUGACUUGUCAGGAUUUGAGAAGGAUCACGGCGAUAAAUCUGCUUCGGAAAAGGACCUGUCAGCAUCUGGCCCCGAUCAGGAUGUCCCAAAGCUCAGUGACCAGAUUGAUUCCCCCAUUGUGCCAAAUAAGGGUACCCUCUGGAUCAAUGAUCUGCCUGAUCUGGAAGACAUCCCUGAGCAUACAGAAACAGUGAAGGUAUGAACAUACAUGCUCACACACACAAAGACCCCCGCUUUCAGGUCCACUACAUCCAUUGUUUUUUCACUUUCUCCCUCCUUUUUUAAAUAGGAUGCUUCCCAUCCACUGAUAGAGGUCGUCUCAAGUGAUGACUAACUAUGGAGUUAACCCCAGACCUUCCCUCACAGCCAGAGUCACCAAUCACAGCUGUUCAUUCCGGAAACACUGGCAAGGGAUGCCUCCGCUGCAUGGAAGAAUGACUCAUUAAACACGGGUGAAAUUGGCUUAAUGGACAUCAGUGCAAUGCUAGUUCAACAUUCAUGCCACAUGGAACAUUUUGAUAUAUACCUAUAUAUAGUAGGAUGUAGCAUUGGCUGCAGUUCUGCCUUCAUGUCCAUUUGAAUUGUAUUUCAUGUUGGUUAUUCAUGUCUAGACUAACUGACAGAAUAAGACUAUUUAGCCAGUAUGACCACUUAGCAUGGGCAUUAUUGGAUGUUAAUGACGUAUGUUGUUAUGCAAGUCAUGUGGAAGGAUUUUUGAAUAAAAACGCUUGCAGCAUAA